AACCUUUUUUUUUUUUUUUUUCCAAUUCAACAUUUUUGACGAUUGUUUCGUUUAGCGUCCUUCCGUUCGCCUCCUCGUCCUUUCUUUAGUCAUCCACUCUCGACUGAUUCGCACGCCCGCCCCUGCUUUGAGACUUUUCUUGCCCUGAGGCCACACCUUUUGUGCCCACGGUUGCUGCUUUUUGAACAAGCAGAGCAUCGACAACCCUCAUCAAUUUUUUCGCUCCUUUUCAACCCCUCCACUCCCUUUCUUAAUCAACAAGCCAUGGCCAGCACGGGUCAUGCUGCAGCAGGGCCGCCAGGCACUGUAGGACCGUCCCAGCUCACACCGGCUGCAGACAACACAGUAGGAGCCUCACAGACGUCGCUCGACGCAUUCGACGACCGCCUCGCCCAGCUCGACAAUGCCAAGAUGGCGGCGAUUCUCAGUCGACCAACAGUCAAGGCUGUGCGAUCCGAGCCAGUGCUGAGGGCAGUGCAGUGUAGCAGCACGACGUCGUUGGAUAUGGUCGGAAAGUCGCUCUCGAACAGCGACCUGUCCUCCUGCGACGAAGACGACUUGCGAGAGCCCACCAUUGGCAUGCGGAAUGGCCUUUCUCGCGCCCAAUCUGACCGCGCGCGCCGUGCGUGGCGGAAGGUCAUCAGCUUGGCCAAGAUUCUCAUCCACUACAGCACACGUUAUUCGCACCAGGUCGCUGGUCACAAGGACGCCUUCCUCCAUCCACAACAGGGCAUCCUGUGCAAGCGCACCACAACACUGGAGCGAGAUGCGCUCAUGUUGCUCAUGUCGGACUGCAUGCGCGAGUUUGUGCCUCGAUUUGACCGAGAAAUCACCUACGGCGGCGAAACCUACGUUCAAAUGGAAGACUUGCUGGCUUCCUUUGUGCGACCCUCGCUCAUGGACAUUAAGAUGGGGAAGCGCACCUUCCUCGAAUCCGAGGUCACCAAGCUCGACAAGCGCUCCGAUCUCCUCGAAAAGAUGCGAGAGAUUGAUCCCAACGAGCCCACGCCUGAAGAGAUUGACAGUGGUGGCAUCACCAAGCUUCGUUACAUGCAAUUCCGCGAGCAACAGAGCUCCAGUGCGUCAUUGGGGUUUCGUGUCGAGGGCAUCAAGCUCGCUGACAGGAAAGCCGAUACCAAUUUCAAAACCGUUAAGACUGAACAAGACGUGGCGGAUGUCUUCCGACAUUACUUGUCGCUGCUGCCCGAGAGGCAUCGGAGUGAAUUCACCGCGCGAUUGGAACUGAUUCGCCAACGGAUUGAGUCGUCAGAAUUUUUCAAAAUGCACGAAGUGGUCGGCAGCUCGUUGCUGUUUGUGUACGACCACUCGGGCAAGGUCGGCCUCUGGCUGAUUGAUUUCGCCAAAACAAAUCGCUCCCGCAAGCCGCUGACGCACCGUCAGCCUUGGAAUUUGGGCAAUCAAGAAGAUGGUUAUUUGUGUGGGUUGGACACAUUGAUACGGGUAUGGCGCGAAGUGGAUUCUAGCAGUCACAUUUCUGCAUCCGCAGCAGCACCAACAACAAGUAUUCCCCCACCUAGUGCCGCAACAGUGGCUCCGGUGCCAGCGACUGCGAACGGCGUGCACUAGAAGGUGCAGCUUGUCGUUUUGUUUUUUAAAAAUCACUGUGUGUACACUUUUUUUUUUUGUUAUUUUUCUGAUUCAGGCCAAAAUUAUUGUAUUUAAUCAUUACAACGG